UGUUGACGUUUCCGUCUCCGGCAGACAUAUUGCUUACCGGAGCAAAUUCUGGAAAGCUAGAAGUGGGAAAGGAUUUAAAAUUGACUCACGUCUUCAGAACUUAACACAGUAAACCCACAUAGAACACAAUGGAGCCGUCAGCCAGUCCGGCCAAGGAUAACUACAGGAUGAACCGAUACAAGAACAAAGCACUGAAUCCAGAUGAGAUGAGGCGCAGGAGAGAGGAGGAGGGUAUCCAGCUCAGGAAACAGAAACGAGAACAGCAGCUUUUCAAGCGGAGGAAUGUGGACAUUCUCAAUGAAGAGGAAGUCAUGUUAGAGAGUCCGCUGGUUGACUCUUACCUUAGCUCUCCAGUAACGGAAGGAGUUAUUACCAGGGACAUGGUAGAGAUGCUUUUCUCAGAGGACCCAGAGCUUCAGCUCGCCACAACACAGAAGUUCAGAAAAUUACUUUCCAAAGAGCCUAACCCGCCAAUUGAUGAAGUUAUAAACACACCUGGAGUAGUGGAGAGGUUUGUGGAGUUCCUGAAGAAGAGCAGCAACUGUACACUACAGUUUGAAGCCGCCUGGGCGCUGACCAACAUAGCAUCAGGAACAUCCUUGCAGACAAAGACGGUGAUUGAGGCUGGAGCAGUGCCGAUCUUCAUAGAACUGCUCAACUCCGACUUUGAGGAUGUCCAAGAACAAGCUGUGUGGGCCCUUGGUAAUAUUGCAGGGGACAGUGCAGUGUGCAGGGACUACGUGCUGAACUGCAACAUCCUUCCACCACUAUUAAUGCUUCUGACCAAGUCCACUAGAUUGACCAUGACUAGGAAUGCAGUAUGGGCACUGUCUAAUCUGUGUAGAGGAAAAAACCCACCACCUGCUUUUGAAAAGGUGUCACCCUGUCUGCCCAUGUUGUCCAGGCUGUUAUUUAGCAGUGACCCAGACUUGCUGGCAGAUGCCUGCUGGGCUCUGUCCUACCUCUCAGAUGGCCCCAAUGACAAGAUCCAGGCUGUCAUUGACUCUGGUGUCUGCAGGCGCCUUGUAGAACUACUCAUGCACACUGACUAUAAGGUGGCUUCACCUGCCUUGAGAGCUGUAGGAAACAUUGUCACAGGAGACGACAUCCAAACACAGGUGGUGUUGAACUGCUCAGCCCUGCCCUGUCUGCUUCACCUCCUCAGCAGUGCUAAAGAGUCCAUUCGCAAAGAGGCAUGCUGGACCAUCUCAAACAUCACAGCAGGAAACCGAGCACAAAUACAGACUGUAAUCGAUGCAAACAUCUUUCCAGUACUGAUUGACAUUUUGCAGAAAGCUGAAUUCAGGACCAGGAAAGAGGCAGCCUGGGCUAUUACCAACGCCACCUCUGGAGGAACACCAGAACAGAUCAGAUAUCUGGUGAACCUGGGCUGUAUUAAGCCACUGUGUGACCUGCUUACUGUGAUGGACUCAAAGAUCGUUCAGGUUGCUCUCAAUGGACUAGAAAACAUCUUGAGGCUGGGAGAGCAGGAAGCCAAACAGGAAAACAACGGCACCGGAGUUAAUCCAUACUGCAGCCUCAUCGAAGAAGCCUAUGGUCUUGACAAGAUAGAGUUCCUCCAGAGUCAUGACAACCAGGAGAUCUACCAGAAGGCCUUUGACCUAAUUGAGCACUACUUUGGGGUGGAGGACGAGGACACCAAUCUUGCCCCUCAGGUGGACCAGGCCAAUCAGCAGUUUCUCUUCCCUCAGCAGGAGGCCCCCAUGGAAGGCUUCCAGUUAUAAGUCAGCCACCCUUCCCUCCCCGUAUGGAUGGCCCCUUUUUACCACCAUGCCAUCCUCCUUGAACCUCCACUACAUCUCUACCAACAUCACUGCAAAGCCACAGCCCCUACCCUUUGGAGGAGUGCCAAAAUUGUUCCGCUCUCCAGCCUAAAAAUGCCACGCUCCUUUUCAUUGUUUCCAGCUAGUGGACUGACCUCCUGCAGGGCAGACUGAUGUUUCAUAAGGGGGGGGGGCGGCACACAAACUCCAUUACAGCUAGAAGAGGAAGUGAUCACCAGUGUGUGAGUCUUCCCUGGCUUAAAAUGCACACGCAGACAUCGUCCUGCUAUUUGAAAGCGCUUAGAUUCUCUCAUUGGCAGUAACGGUGGUUUGUUAGUGUCUUUAUGUGCACAUUCUCUGUUUUCAGGAAUCCCCAUACAGAGUCUGCAAACUGGGGUGCAUGAGGCAAAAUCUGCCCCGCUCUCCAUGUCACUAUGACUCAGUGCAAUUCAGAAAAUAUUUGUAACAUGAUCCCUUUGUUUUUGUUUUUUCUUCCUUUAUGACCUUUAUUUAUCCCCCCCCCCCCCCUUUUUUUUUUGUGCUUAUGAUUAUUUUUCUUUAACAGAAACUGACUGCUUGGUCUGCUUCAAGUCUGCCCUCUGAUCAUUAGGCUUAGGGCUGCUCUCUGCAUAUCUGCUCAAGGUGAGAAAAAAGAUUAUCUUUAGGGGGUUUAGAGGCACAAGUGUCCACCCCAAAGUCUGUUGCCCUGAGUCAGAUGUCCAAGCUAGGAAGUGUGAUUGGUUUUGGGUGGCUUUUUUUUUUUUUUUUUGGGUUAAGAUAUGUUAAAAGCUCUAGAAAAAAAAUCCAGGUUUUGAGGGUGGAAUAGUUAGAGAUCCAAUGUUCGUAGUGUGCUGUGUUAUUAAUAACAAAACAUUUGAAUUAUGAAGUGAUCUAACUAUUAAAAAAGGCAUAGUUGGGGGUUUAGGAGGAGAAGCGCCGCCAACAGCAGCAGCAAGAAUUCAAAAGCGUGGGGACAAUGUCUUGACCCCUGGGUCGCUGCUGGGCUGCUACCCCCCCCUCCACCUCCCCUGGUGUACGUGGUAGGGUUUUUGCAUGGUGUUAUAUUACCCUGCCCACAGUCACUGAGUAUCCCUGGCCAAACACUGCAAGAAGUUGCUGCUUCUCUGUGAACAACAUUUGGAGUUGAAAGCAAAAACUGGGUCUGAUUCGGUGGCGUUAACAGUGAUUGUGCAUUGACGAUGGUGGUGUCGUGUAUAGUGGUAAAGUUUAUCUAUAACCUAUGGCAUUCUGUAUCACUAUAUAUUUUGAGGAAUGGCAGUGACAUAAUGAUUUUGCAUGGGUUCAUUGUAAUAUGUAUUGCCGUAAAUAGCCCAUUCUCUGCCUGGCAGGGACAGUCUGCACUGCUUCCUCGUUCGUCUAAUGACGAGCGGUGUUUGGCGGGGGAUGAAGCUCAGAGAAAUAAGCCUAACUGCAAGAGAAAUUCAAGUAUAAGUGUAUAUUUGAAUUUUGAUGUAUUUGCAUUAUAUAAAUAUAUAUAAAUAUAUUUGCACACACUUCAUGCACACUUGCAUACACCAGCAGACACUGUACACACACACCUCACACAUGAGUGGCUAGUAGUAACUAAAAUGGUUUCCAUAAUCUUUGGAUUUAAAAAGGACUAAAUUUAUUUUGAAGUUUUGAUUCUCCAACAUGUGAACAUAUUGGAUGUUUUUGUUUUUUUUGUUUUUUUUUAUUAUUUCAUAAAAAUGUUGAUCUGGGUUCUGUUUUAUUGAGCAGAUGAAGGGUUGUUUCCUGAAAUCAAAAGGACUCCAUGGAAAUUGUUUUAGUUAUUUCUAGCCAUACGACUUCUGAUGGUUAAAAUGAGUCCUGCAAACCCCUGACCUGAGGCCAGCCUGACCUCUAACAGCAGCGGGUCUCAGGUCAGCACGCAGGCCUUGUGGAUUAAGCAGAAGUGUGGUUGUGUGAUGUUUGACUUACGGGGCACUGUGUGAGGGAGAGAUUGAUUGACUAUGAUUGUGUCCCAGUCAGAGUCUGGGAGCCCCCCCCCCCCGUUCUGUGGAUUACAGAAGCAUCUCCAACUUCAGGCCAUUAACCUGUAAAUUAAGUCUCUCUCAACAAGUUUAAGAAUGGAUCAGUCUGCUUAACGGCGAAUAUUCUUUGACCAAAGAAAUUCCGUCUUAUUUGGUAGUGCAUCAGUUGGAUUCACAGGAAUGUUUUCCCAUUAUGAAGUGAGUGGUUAACCUUCUGUGUCAGUGGAUGAUGCCAUAGUGGGAGACUUUUGUUGGUUCAUAGCUGGGGAGGGAAAAUUCUGCAAAAACCACAGAUCAGUUUGUACUGCAAGUUUUCUUUAGAGGGCAGUGUUGGCACACGGUCACUACCCCCACCCCCACACCCCCUUUUCACUUUCAGUGUGUUAUUUGGUGGUAGGCACUGUUGGGUGUUAUGAAAUGAAAUGAGAGUUAAAACCUCUUCUCUCUUUGUUGUGUGGUUGAUUGCUAUGAGACAGAUAUUUGGAGCUGGUCGGUAUCUAUUGUUGCUUUUAGACAAAUUAAUAAUGGUUGAAAAACUUUUGUUGCAGGCUAAUGAGUUGUAAUUAUCUUGACCUGCACUAUCUUCUCCUCUGCUGUUGUUCUACGUGCUGUACUCCGCACCUCUCCCCUCACACAGCUACAGAGAGAACUCUGAUGACAGGAACUGUUAGAGAGAUUAUGUUGAAGUGGUAAGGAAAAUUCUUGGAGAUGAAAAAUACCAAAAAACCUUUUGACUGAUCAUGAUCGAAUCCUGAGCAAAUAAUGGAAGUCUGUUAUUGUGAUGCACGACCUUUCACCUGACCAGCACGCUUUAACCAGGCAUUAAUGGCCCACACAGGCAUCCCUGCACGGGGCCAUCAACCGUUUUGCUUUCAGAAUGGUUCCCCUCUUACUUCCAGCAUCGAUCGACAGAAGAAUGCAUGUUGGCGAGAUUUGUUUUUGCAUGUUGGGUUUGCGAUGUUGUCCACAGAACGCGCGCUACUCCCGGUAUACGUAAGAGGUCAAAUCAAGAAUAUUUGAGCAUCGAGAACUUAACUCUACGCUGCUCGUGUGUAGGGCAGCAUUUACGACUGAAGUCUUUGAUUUCAGUUGUCCCAUUCUGUGCUGGGCCUACAAAUAACAGAAUUUGCUAUGUUUAAAAAAAUAAAUCGGUGCAUCAACCAGGAAAAAAAAUUUGUGUAAAAUAAAAAUGCACUCCUGUUCACAAAAGUGCCAAUCCGACCAACAAAGACUGGAGGUUCUUAUGUAACUGUCUUUGACUUAUAGAUUUUUUUUUUUCUUUAUAUCUUUUAUUUACUUGAAUGUUGCACACAUUUUUUUGUGCAAAAACAUUGCUGCUCUAUUUUUCUUAUCUUUAAAGUUACACGAUUUGCCAUGGUUUCUGUGGAAAAGUGGCAUUCUUUACUGUGGGCGCCUAAAUAAGGAAUUUAAUUAAGGAAGGCCAAUUGUCCUGGGAAGGGGGAUAAAGGACUCAGACUGAAUCAAACUGGUCUUUUCCAGCUGCUGUCCUUCAGUGUGAUGGUCCCCUCUGUAACAGUCUUCUGAUGGGUUUCACUGUGCAUAGAUGCCUGCAGAUAUUUGGAAUUUAAAAGACACAGUGGAUCAGUAUUCACAAUGUCGCGAUCUGAAGCCAGUCUCGCUCUGCACAAAAUAAAAGUCUGCACUGAUACAAACUUUGUAGCGAUGUGGCACAUAAUGCAAAUAAUGAAAACCUGAGCGACUGUCAGGGCAGACAAAUGCAGGUCCACGUUAGUUUACCAAAGUUUUGUCCUCUUGAAGGCCGGCUGGAAAAACUUCCUUGAUGUUUAGUUUUUAAACCUUGUGUCAACCAGGUCGGAACGACUGAGAGAUUCCUUCAGGCCGUUUAAAUCUUGCUUCGUUUCAUGAGAAGAUCGCGCUCUCUCUUCUGAGUAUUCUUUCCUCUUAAAUUCAGACGCUGUUUAAGGAGUUGGAAAAUGUGCAAACUAAUCCAGAAGACUGCAAUAAAACAUUGUCCAAAAAUCAGGCACCCCGAGAGGCAAAGAUCCACCUACAGGAAGAGCAGCUCUCACAGGUGACACUCCUUCCACUGGGUGGAGCAAACACAGGCUACUACUUGACAUUUUUCUAAGAUAAAAAAAGAAAUUAAUAAAUCUGGGAUUCAGAAAUAGUACAGUGAUUUACAUUAAAGUAUUAUAAUUUAAACUAUAUGUAUGUUCUGAUACAUUGACAGGGAUUCAGAUGUAAUUCUAAUCACUUCUAAGAAGUGGAGAAAAAGCCUCAUUAGAACAUGUCACAAGAAAAAAAAAAAUAGGAGGUGAGGAUACGAGCCUUUUUUUGCUUUUUUUUUUUUUUUUUUUUUUUUUUUAGCUUGAUCUUUUUCCUGAUCAGGAUUUUCUGGGCUAUAUUUUUGGAUAAUUGUAUUUAGAGUAAAAGUUGUCCUCGUCAGGCUGUAUGAUCAGGAAUCUUGUGAUCUAUAGGGGAUUAAACAGAAAUCACUAAAUAUCUCAAAUCCGACUAGUCUUCCGUCCUAGAAGCUGUUGGUGUCUUUAUCGAAAUCUAAAGUCAAUUAAUGUCUACGCUACAAAUGUUUACAAUGCUACAUGUUUGUAAAAUACUUUUCAUAUGCCAUCACUGACCAGGCGUGACAUAUCUUCUUCUCUGGUCCUCUCAUUUCUUUUACACAUAUUUAUUUUCUCUAUUCUUGUUUAUGGUUUUUUUUUUUUUUUUUUUUUCCAUUUGUUCAAAACGACCCAUCUUAAACUGUGACUCGACUUGACUUUUACCGACGGUAUGAAUGAGUGACGAGAAACUAGUACACUUCAGAACUGAACAUGACACACAAACAUGAACAUGAAGAAAAAGAUGCAUACAGGAAACAAUAUUAAAAAAUGUAAAGAAAGCAUAUUGAAUUUAAAAACUGUUCAGUGGAAAUAUUGUACAAAUCAAAUAAAGUUAU